AUGGCUUCAAAUCUGUCCACUCGAGCGGUGCGGACCGCGUGCUCUUCAUCCAAGGCUGCUGCUCGCUCGCUUGCGACGGCUAUUCCUCGUCGCACCUUCGCCACAGGCCCUGAAUCAUCGACCGGCGAGACCGAGCAGCCCCGAUGGUCUUACACGCCGCCGCGCGCAAAGGCGCCAUUCAGUCUCCGAUUACACUCAAAGCGCCCAUUCUUCCACGUCAACUCCGACCCUGCCUUAUUGGAUCAGUUUUAUAUUCGUAUGCUAGGCAAUGAUGGUGACAAGAUGUUGUCCGACGAGCUGAAAUGGCUGGCUGUGACGCACAAGAGCUUUGACCAAGGCCGUCGGGGCUUCAACGAUCGCUUGGCUUUCCUCGGUAAACGAAUCGUGCAAUUGCAGACCUCAUUGGCUCUUGUACAGAGUUCUGAGGCGGCCACCACUCCCGCAAACCCAGACCCUUACGGACGAACGCCCUUUUCCCACCCGGCUCUUGACGGUCUUCGGAGCCUUUCUCCAGAGACCAAAAGCUUCUUGACUGACCGGAGCAAGCUUUCUGAGCUGGCUCAAAAAUACGAAAUGCAAAAUAUUCUGCGCUGGACUCCUCGCAAGCCCGAUGACCUCAAAGCUUCGGGUCUUGAACUCGUUCUGGCACAUACCAUGUACGCUGUCGUCGGAGCGGUCUCGCUGGAGAAGGGAGGUCACAUCGCCAACAAGGUGGCCCAAGAACGGAUACUCGAGCCACUCGGCUUGAAGACUGUCUCUUGA